AUGUCGAAAACGGCGCUGGACGGUUUCAUCAGCAGUGUGAACGCAGUGCGCCAACGAGGCGAAGAGAACAACGAGGAAAGCACGAUUUUGAAAAUGAGCCGUCUGCAGCGGCAACUGAACUGUAUUGGCGCCUCCUGUUACUUGUCUGUUCGCACUGUGAGAAGUGAGCGCGGCGCGGCCAGCAUUUUGAAAAAGAUCGUCGCCCGUCUUCUUGGAAACGAUCCCACGGCACUGUGUCUCAUCGCGGUGGGACUUUUCCACGACCUUCUUUCCACUGUCUCCGAGCUCGUCAAUUAUCACAACUCGAUUAAAGACCAAGCGACGAAGGCGAUUCGCGACUUUCUCCUCACACCAGCGCCCGUCCUUAUCAAGCUCCAAAAAGCAAGCAAAAAAGGCGAAUAUCAACAACUUCGCGAGCAUGGAAUCAAGACUUUUCAGGAAAUCUGCGCUGCUGGGGAAAAUAACGAAAGCGCGCAGGUUGGACUUCUUUGCUCAAAAAUCCUUUCCAUCAGCAGCAGCAAUCCAAAUGGUCCUCUGGCAAUGGAUCAUCUUUUCGCGUUGUUGACCACUUUCGUUACGGAGAAAAGUGAUAGCCAGCUGAAGGUGUUUACUACUGUUCAUAACACUCUAAUAAAAGGCGGUCUAAACUUGGAGAAAGAAUGCCUAGUUCAUCUGACCACUCUUUCGAUAAAAAUCGCGGAGAAAUCGCCACCAGAAGAUCGAAAAGGAGAAAACAUGGCUGCGGAAAUCAUCGAAAUCAUCAUCCAAUCUUUCGUCAACACCAAAUCAACCGUUGAAAGAACCCUUUCCUACAACUGCCUGAAAAAGCUCGCUGAAGCAGCAGCUGGUCAGCACAAACUCUGGCUCCUUAGUCGUUACUUGAAGCUCUUCUUUUCAAUUUCAAGUGAAGACAAGAACGAUGAGCGCGUUUCUUCCAUCAUGUCUUGCAUUGCGCUGAUUGUCUCUAGUGGAGCGCCCGAUUGGAACGAUCCGCAGUUCUUCUCACUGAGGAAUUCGAUGCGCGACUUUUGGUUUUACUGCGCUGUUUUCGGCUUUUCCGACAUGUCGAUCGGCUGGCCGGAUGAGCAAAGGGCCGAUAUCAUGGCCAUUGCAAAACGAUCCCCGACGCUGUCUUUUCUUACAAAUGAACCGGUGAAGCAGACCCUAGAGAACAAUCCUGCCUUGAAAAAGGGCAGCUCGGGUUCGACGAUCAAAGAAGUUCAAGACCUCAAACUUGCGUUAAACCACUCGAUCGGAUCUAGAGACAUUCAGCUGGACGGCGAAAUCAAGGCGCUCGACUAUUUCAAUGUGCUCUAUCACAUCGCUGUUCUUCAUAUCGAGCGAUUGCGACUUGCGUCUUACCUGGUAACGGAACCGACUGCGUACGAGUACCGAGAAUUGUUCACUUACAUCGAGAACCAAAUGGUCCAGCGAUCAAAACAGGCGAAAGACAAGAUCCUCAAGGAAAUCCUCAUUACCAUCUUCAGAGAAUACCUUUCCUCGAUUCGCGAGUUCGCGCGAACAAUCAACAUCGACAUCUGCCUCGUCGAAAAGGUCCAACUCUUACUGGUCAAGUUCAACUCGACGAAUUCGACUUCUCGCUACGUCGCCGAUUCUAACUUGCUAGCGACUUUCAACUACUUCGAGCACCUAGUUUGGCAGCCGGCAGUGAUUGAGACGGAACUCGACAUCGUCCAGCAGCUGAGUUUUUCGCUUGAAGACGCGGAGGAAUCUUUCGCAGAGGCGCACGAGUUGUCCAUUCCUUCGAUUAAAAUGUCGCUCAAACUUCCCGACAGUUUGGAUAAGCGAAAAAGCAUGGUUCUCGCCAUGCAUCGCUAUCUCCUUGAAAAGCCUGGAAUUCUUAUCAGAGCUUUGAAAGCUGCGCCAAAGGCGACGAAAUCGCACUUGGACGAAUAA